CCCCAUCGUGCUAUGCAACACGCACAGACGCGCCACCACCGUCCUCGACGACGCCGGCAUAGCAAUCAGAAAGUAUGUCCUCGCUCCGCCUCAGCGGGCACAGUCCACCCGACACAUGCUACGCGACACAGUUCACCAUGGUACGGUGCCACCCCUCGCCUUGUUCUGCAUCGUCGCCUUGGCACCCUACACCGACCAACUGCAUGCUCUCGGCGCCCCUCGCGUCCCCUACAGGGACUUGCUCAUGCACCCAGUGCCAGUUCGCUCACAUGAUUUGGAUCUGUCUCUCAGUGACACUCACCUCCCGCUCCUCCAGCAAAUACCGAGCACUCCCAACUUCACCUUAAUAACCCUCCUUUCUCUUCCCGGGUGUGCUCAUAUCUCAGACGACACCGUCUCCGAAUUACGUAGACUCAACACGCUUAUUGCCCUCGAUCUCCGUGCGACUCACCUAACCACGUAUGGUGUCACUGUCCUCUCCCGCGGUCUGUCCUCCGCACAGGACGACUCUGGCCUACACAAGAAAGCAGGCCCGUGGGGCCUUCGAAUAAUUAGCUUACAUGGCUGCACAAAGGUCACGGAUGCCGCCUUUGCCUACUUGCGUCUCACUAAUUGCACGCGCGCCGCAGUUAAGAAACAACUCGGCGUACUUGGUUUCCAACCAUCUCGCUCCCGCACCCUUUUUCAUCCUUCAAAAAUCUCCGUGUCCCUCUGCUCGCUGGAAGAAAUGGCUGCUACGUCAAGUCCAGCCACACCUCUGUAUCCCUCCCCGCCUGAAUCAGUGUUUCGAAUACAUAUCAAUAAAUUAUCCCCCUCCCCACUAACUAAUUCCCAAUCUAAGAAUAGCAAACGCUCACUUAUUUCCUCCCCACCACCCUUCACUCUUCAGCCGCAACCAGCCGCUGACGCUGAAGACAAUUUCACGUCUGUCCCAUCAAACGCCGUCACUUCCUCGCUCUUUGCUGCGUCAGAUCCUACCCGACAGCGUCCCAGCAGUCCCCCAUCUUUCUACCGAGAUACUGGCAAGAAAACAAACCGUCCUUUCCAAAUACAGCAUGCCCAGUUCGGCUCUUCAGAACCGGAUCCACUGGCAGUAGUUCGAUUCCCUCCCCCUUGGAACCUCCUAGAGACGUCCUCGAGACCUCUCGCGACAAAUACCACUUCAUACAAGCAACAGCGAGACCUCCCAUGUUUCAAUGGUCCUGUUCGAAUCGGCAAACGCAAUGCAGCCGCGGUCAAGGAUGUGGCGAACAUGCUCGCAAAUAAACGGCUCAGGCGCCAACACUCACCAGCGUCCUUUGAGGCCGUGUCAGGUAUUCCAACAGAAUCACGAAACCCCUUCGCGAAGCAGGUCACAUCUGUGUUUUCGGAGAGCUCUCCCAGAACCUCAAAACAUCCCAAUCGCUCGCAGGAAGAGCCACACAGACCUGCAAUCGACGGUGUAGAUCGCCCUGACAGACUGGAAGGGUCAGGAUCCGAUCUCCCUAAUACCAAACCCCUCAAACCGAUCACAUCUCUGAGAGUUCCGGUGCUCCCGAAGGAGUUUUUGCCAGAACUCAAGCAAACUUUAUCUGUGCAAAAUUCCUCGAGACCAAAGGUGGCACUGAAGCAAAGUAGACUAUCUUUUCCUCCGCUGUAGGUCAUAAUGCAACAGUUAACUUGUAAUUGAAUAGUAUGGAGAUUAUAUGACGAUACCUGGCAAGGUGGCCAUCACAGGGCGGAGACCCCUCUUUGGUCAACACCUUCGUCGGCGUCACUUGCACCCACCUUUUCCUUGACGCUGACAGCGAAGGGUUUCAGGAGUUCUGCGCCAGUCACUAGUGCUUCAGGACACCCUAAUUACCCGUAUCUAUCUCGCUGUCUGGUUUCUUUGUCUUGGUUGUGGUCGUGCAAUCCUUCUCCAACGUAUCGCAAGGUCUUCUUCGACCUUCAUAGUCCCUGCUUUUAGUAAUGAAGCUCAGACUCCUUUCGUUACAUCUGUCGCAGUAGCGUACUUGGCCAAAUAAAGUCAAAC